AUGUCUAACAAAGUUACUCAACAAUCUCCAGAUGACGUUGUUAUCGUUGGAGCUUACAGAUCUGCUUUAACAAAGGGUGGAAGAGGUAAUUUCAAGGAUGUCAGUUCCGACUACCUUUUGAACAAACUUGCUGUUGAAUUCAUCAAAAAGACCAAAGUUGACCCAUCACUCGUUCAAGAUGUUGUUAUUGGUAAUGUCUUGCGUCCUAGAGGUGGUGACUUUGAACACAGAGCAGCAUUGUUGGCAGCUGGUCUUCCAUACACUACCCCAUUUGUCGCCAUCAACAGGUUCUGUUCUUCUGGUUUGAUUGCCAUUUCUGAAGUUGCCAACAAGAUCCGUCUUGGCGAGAUUGACUGUGGUCUUGCUGGUGGUGUUGAGUCUAUGUCGAAGGACUAUGGUCCAAACGCCAUCACCAAGUACGAUCCAGCUAUGGAAGACAAUGAAGAAGUUCAAAAGUGUCAAAUCCCAAUGGGUAUCACCAACGAAAACGUUUGUUCAAAGUUUGGUAUCUCUCGUGAAGAGCAGGACAGAUUUGCUGCAUCUUCUUUCAACAAAGCUGAAAAGGCACAAAAGGAAGGAAAAUUCAAGUCUGAGAUCUUGCCUAUUGAAGCUUUUGUUGAAGAGGAAGACGACGAUGACAAUGUCACCGAAAAAAAGAUUAUCGUUGAUCAAGAUGAAGGAAUCCGUAAUGGAGUCACUCCUGAAAAAUUAGCCAAGAUUAAACCAGCUUUCAAGAAGGAUGGUUCAACUUCUGCCGGUAAUGCUUCACAAGUUACCGAUGGUGCCGCUUUAGUCUUGUUGAUGAGACGUUCAUUUGCUGAAAAGCACGGGUACGAAAUCCUCGCCAAGUACUUGGGUACUUGGGUUGUUGGUGUCCCUCCAGAGAUUAUGGGAAUUGGUCCUGCUGUCGCCAUUCCAAAGGCUUUGAAAAAGACUGGUCUCAGUGUUGACGACAUUUCCGUCUUUGAAAUCAAUGAAGCUUUUGCUGGUCAAUGUUUGUACUCUAUUCAAUCGGUUGGAAUUCCAGAGGAAAAGGUCAACUUGAAUGGUGGUGCUAUCGCUUUGGGUCACCCAAUGGGUGCCACUGGUGCCCGUCAAUACGCAACCAUCUUGCCAUUGUUGAAGAAAGGUGAGAUUGGUUUGACCAGUAUGUGUAUUGGUACCGGUCAAGGUGCUGCUUCAAUCAUUGUUAGAGAAUAG